UGAACAGGCAUUAUGGGCAGCAACCAGUGAUGAGAAAAAGCAUCAACAACUGUGGCGCCACGAAUAAGCUUAAAUUCCACGCGACUUUCCUAAACUUGCAUAUAAAUAUAUAAAUAAAUCGAAAGGAAAAUCGCGAGCUUAUUGAACAACUAUAGAAAAACAAAUUAAAAUAAAAGUUGUGCUUUGAUUUAGGUUGUUUGUUUUUUGAAGGAAAGGAAGCAGAAAAUGUCGUGGCAGAGCUACGUAGACGAUCACUUGAUGUGUGAGAUCGAUGGAAAUCAUCUCACUUCGGCAGCUAUCAUCGGCCACGACGGCGUCGUUUGGGCUCAAAGCGCCAACUUCCCUCAGUUUAAAGUUGAAGAAAUAGUUGGGAUUAUGGAAGAUUUUGAUGAACCAGGAAAACUUGCUCCAACAGGCUUACAUAUUGGUGGCACUAAAUAUAUGGUUAUCCAAGGUGAACCGGGAGCUGUAAUAAGAGGAAAGAAGGGCGCGGGUGGAAUCACGGUGAAGAAGACGACCUUGGCGUUGCUCGUCGGGAUAUACGACGAGCCGAUGACGCCGGGGCAGUGCAAUGUGGUGGUUGAGAGGAUCGGCGAUUAUCUAAUCGAACAAGGUCUCUAACUUCGAUAUAAUUUUCUUGUUCGUUUCAUUGGUGUGUCACGAGUGAUUUGAAUAUUGUUGCAUCAUUUAAUCACGAGAAUAUUUAUGCAUACUACAUUGAUGUAUAAAUAAGAAACAUUUUAUUGUGUCGUGUAGAUUAUUUACAAAAUCGGAUGUUGUUAUAUACUCCAUAUAAAUAAAAAUUGUUGAGCAGGGAUAUUUUCAUUCAA